AUGGCAUCCAGAUACACAGAACAAAACGCAGACAAGGUCAAACAAGCCCACUCGACCCUCUACAAUGCCGGUCUAGAAAUGCGCAACAAAGUCGCCGGAAAAGAAUACGUCGACCGCGCCCUCGCAAACGCGACUUCGGAUUUCGCAAAACCCAUGCAAGAGGUAUUGCUCCUGUCUAAUCCUCACCAAUCUCACACUCGAAGCUCAUCAGAGAGUAAACAGCUAGCAACAGAAGCAGCUUGGGGAACCAUCUGGACACGACCAGGUCUAGAUCUCAAGACCAGGAGUUUGCUCAACAUUGCUAUGUUGUGUGCUUUGAACCGUAGCCCUGAGUUGGCUGUUCACACCAGAGGAGCAUUGAACAAUGGAGCUUCGGAAGUUGAGAUUAGAGAGGUCAUAUUGCAGGCGGCAGUUUAUGCCGGUAUGCCUGCUGGAAUGGAAGGUACAAAGGUUGCCGAGAAGGCUAUCAAUGAGUGGAAGGAGAAGCAAUAG